CAUAUCUAGUGUAGUAGGCAAAUGAGUAACGCAAACCCACCUUUCAUUCAUAAGGAGCAACGUCAAAGUUGAACGCCAGAGAAAGUCACUGAGAGGAAAAAAUGGGUUACACAGAGAAGGGAAACGUUGUGAACAUCACAGCACUCUCUGUUUUCCUCUUGGGAAUAGUCUAUGUUUGCAUCUCCACCACUUCCAUCGUUUUCUUCCAAAACCGUGAAUGCCCAUCAUCAAAAAUGAAUGCCAUGAUUGCUCUAAAAGAUGAUCUUGAAACAGCACUAGAAAAAGCUUCAAUGGGUAACAAGACAGUGAUAAUUGCUAUGAUAAACAAUGCUUAUGUAGAAGGGGAUAGCCCUGGAAAGACAAUGUUGGAUGUGUUCUUGGAGGCUUUCUGGGUUGGAGAAGAUACAGUACCAUUGCUCAAUCACCUUCUCCUUGUUGCAGUCGAUCAAAAGUCCUUCGAUCGAUGUAAUUUUCGACGGCUUCACUGCUAUAAACUUGCAACAGAGGGAGUUGAUUUCAGUGGAGAGGGUCUCUUCAUGUCUGCAAAUUUUGUUAAGAUGAUGUGGACAAGAGUCCAUUUCCUGGGUGAUGUCCUCAAACGUGGUUACAGCUUCAUUUUCACGGAUACAGAUGUAAUGUGGUUGAGAAAUCCUUUCAAGAGGUUGAGCUUCAAUGAAAGUGUGGAUUUCCAGCUCAGCAGUGAUAUUUUCAACGGCGACCCAUGGUCACAUAAGAACGUCAUCAACACUGGUUUCUACUUUGUCAAACCAAACAACAAGACCAUUGCUUUGUUCGACUCCUGGUAUACCAAUAGAAACAAUUCAAUGAAUGAACAGCAAAUGAUGGAGAAGAUGAAGAAUGAGGGUGUCUUUAAUAAGUUGGGGCUCAAAGUGAGGUUCAUGGAUAUCAUCUAUUUUAGCGGAUUCUGCAUUGAUAGCAGAGAUUUUAAUGUGGUGACUACUGUCCAUGCGAAUUGUUGUCGUGGUGUGAAAGCCAAGGUGACUGAUAUGACCAUUGCACUUCAGGAUUGGAAGAAAUAUAAGAGUUCUACUAAUCGCACAACGAUGAAAUUUCAUUGGACAAAUCACUCGGCAUGCAUCGACUCAUGGAAAUUUUGAAGCAAUUCUGUUGAGUCUCAGUCUCUCAGACAUGUACAAAUUUCAUUAGAAAGAUACCCAAUGCAGCUGGACUUUACAAUGUGGAAGUUAUGGUGUAUCUAAUCACAUAAGGCCUGGAAUCUUGCUUAUAUACAUGAUUUAUACAAAUGGCAUGCCAAAGUAGGUUUUAGGCUUUACAACCUUGAAUCUAAAAUUUGAGUAUACAAAAUUUAAAGGCUUUACUGUUUUGGCUCCGUUUGUUUCGAAUGUAAAAUUUUAUAUAUGAAAAUUUGUUCGCCAUUUAUUUUA